GGAUAAACUAAUAAGUUGCUUUUAGGAGAAGGAAACUAAGAAAGAGAGAAAGGGAUUAUCAAAUCCACACUAAACUGGAAUCUGAUUCCCUCUCAAUUCUCCUCACUCACCUCACCCAACUAACAAUGUCAGCAUACCGAUGGAAAAAUUUCGACGAAAACGAGGAUCGCCCCACCAAGCCUCGCCGCUAUGGCGUCACUGAAAUGAGAAGCCCUCAUUACACUCUCUUUAGCCACAACGUUCUUCAGGAUAUAUUUGAAUCUAUGGGAGAAUAUGUUGAUGGGUUGAAGUUUUCUGGAGGUUCUCACAGCUUGAUGCCAAAGACUUUUAUCAAACAAGUGAUAGACAUGGCACAUCAGCAUGAUGUUUAUGUUAGUACUGGUGAUUGGGCUGAGCAUAUGAUUCGUAAAGGUCCAUCAGGUUUCAAAGAUUAUGUGGAGGAGUGCAAGCAGUUGGGGUUUGACACUGUUGAGCUGAAUGUGGGCUCACUUGAGAUUCCUGAAGAAACCCUUUUGAGAUUUGUUCGCUUGGUCAAAAGUGGUGGUCUUAAAGCUAAGCCUCAUUUGGAAGUGAAGUUUAAUGAGUCUGAUAUUCCCAAAGGUGGUGAUAGGGCUUAUGGGGCUUAUAUUCCCCCAGCACCUAGAUCAUUUGAAUUUGUAGAAGAUGUAGAUCUCUUGAUCAGGAAGGCUGAGAGAUGUUUAGAAGCAGGUGCAGACAUGAUAAUGAUUGAUGCUGAUGAUGUCUGCAAACAUGCUGAUAAUAUGCGGGCAGAUAUCAUUGCGAAGAUCAUAGGGCGCCUUGGUCUUGAGAAGACUAUGUUUGAAGCAUCAAAUCAGAGAACGUCCGAGUGGUUUAUCAAACAAUAUGGUCCAAAGGUUAACCUCUUUAUUGAUCAUUCGCACGUGGUGGAUGUGGAAUGCCUCAGGGGACGAAACUUGGGUAGAAAUCAUGCUUCUGUCCUCGGUUCUUCAUAUUUCCUGUUCUGAAGUGAUGGGAAUUUUAUGGCACCCUAUGGGGGGUUGGCUUGUUUAAGUAAAAGUCUUGUGUUGUCUGUUAUAGUGGGUGUUACAUAUUUCCUUCAACGAACAUAGAGAAAAUUUAAAUGGAGAUAUUGAAAUAAAAGUUCACAUAAACUUUUCA